AUGGUACAGUGUACUUCUGAGGAAGCAUAUAGUCAUGGUGCAGCUAUCAUUGUCCAAUAUUUAGAAAUGAUUAUGAAAAACAUGGAGCUGUUUCUGAGAAAUGCCACAAAGAUUUCCUUUUCCAGAAAGGAAGCACUAAACCAAAGUACUACUACAGAAUUUGCUCUCCUGGGAUUCUCUGAUAUCCAAGAGCUGAAGAUCUUACACUUUGUGAUAUUUCUUUCUAUUUAUUUGGCCACCCUGAUCGGAAACAUUCUCCUUAUUAUCACUGUAAUUCAAGAUCCUUGCCUUCACAGCCCCAUGUAUUUCUUCCUGGUUUUCUUGGUUAUUACAUUUGCUGGUGCUGAACUAUUCCUGCUCACUGUUAUGUCUUAUGACCGAAAGGAAGCACUAAACCAAAGUACUGCAACGGAAUUCGUUCUUCUGGGAUUUUCGGAUAUCCGAGAGCUGCAGAUACUACACUUUGUGAUGUUUCUCUCUGUUUAUUUGGCCACCCUGAUUGGAAACAGUCUCCUCAUGGUCAUUGUGAUUCAGGAUCCUCACCUUCACAGCCCCAUGUAUUUCUUCCUGGCCAACCUAUCACUGUCAGAUAUAUUUUUCAUCUCCACCACUGUCCCCAAAUCGAUGGCCAUUUCACUGACAACCAACAAACUGAUUUCUUUCUCUGGAUGUUUCUUUCAGAUUUUCUUGACAUUUACAUUUGCUGGGGUGGAUUUAUUUCUGCUCACUAUCAUGUCUUAUGAUCGGUAUGUAGCAAUUUGCUACCCUCUACAAUACAGCUUGAUCAUGAAUUGGGAUACUUGCAUACGAAUGGCAGCUGCUUCUUGGAUAGGCAGUAUGAUCCAUGCAGCAAUGCACACUGCAUUCACAUUUAGGUUACAGUUCUGCAAGUCUAACUUCAUCAACCAAUUUUUCUGUGACAUUCCUCCCUUAUUAAUGAUUUCAUGCACUGAUACCAUGACCAAUCAAGUGGCCCUUUUUGUCAGUUUCAUUAUUAUAGGCACACCUUGUUUUGCAUUGAUUUUGGUAUCGUAUCGUUAUAUCUUUUCUACUGUGUUUAAAGUUCGGUCAGUUCAGGCCAGGUAUAAAGCCUUCUCAACCUGUAUCCCACACUUGGUUGUUUUUUGUUUGUUUCUUUUUACUUCUGGUUUCGCUUACUUGAAACUAAAGUCUUGGUCCUCUCCAACUAUAGACCUGUUGGCUGCUGUUUUCUAUAGAGUUGUACCACCUUUAAUGAAUCCAUUCAUCUACAGCCUGAGAAAUAAAGACAUCCAUGCAGCAUUUCUUAAAAUGUUAAAAUGUUUUGAUAUUACCAAGUUGCUAAAAACAGAGCAUAAGAGGCAGCUCACCAUUCCUAGGCCAUUGCAACAUGACUGA